CUUUCAACACCCGUGCGCGUUGCCCCGGCAGGCACCUACCGUCUCCUUCCGCUCGCGGCAACGGCGGUUUGGAGGCAGCAAUCUCGCCAUAACACCCUCUCUCGUUACAGCAAAUCUUCUCGUCGUGGCGCCAGCUUGCCCUCAGCCCAGGCCCCAGCGACUGCUUCCUAGCUGUUCCGAGCGACGACGCUUCUCCCGGUUCUUCCUCGUCCAGCUUCCUUCGGCCUCACGUCUCCUGGGUUUUCUUGGAACGGAGCAUCUCAUUCCUUGGGAAUUCCUGUCCUUCUGGAGAUCCGUGGAUGAAGAGGUCGAGGAAAAUCUGAGAGAGUUACCAAGGUGGUUCGGCGUCUAGGCGAGCCUAUCGACGACCGGUUCCUUCUCCGUGGCGUGCUGCGGCGCAGUUCUUGUCGGCGGCGCUCACGGAUCCCUGCCCUCAUCUCGCAGUGUUGCGCCGCACGCCGGGCCGCCGGCGCCACCGUCAUGCAGGCCGAGGAGGUGAGGUCGCGGUUCGGGCGGUGCCCGUACUGCCGCGCCAUGAUCUACCAGGACCUCACCGCCAUCAUCUUCUACUGCAGCAAGUGCCGCACGCCGAUCCGAGGCAAGAACCCGCGGCCGACCGACGAGACCGAGUACGCGCUCGCGCAGCUCGAGAUCCUCUCCGCCGACACCGCGUCGGUCUUCUCCGACGACGUUGAGCCGCCGAAUCCGAGGUCGGGCUGGGGCGUCGACGACGACGACGAUGGGCGGCUUCCGCUGGGGAGCAGGUCAACUACCGGUAGGAGCUUCGUGCCCAACAGCAGGCAGGGUACUGGAGCCGCGUCGUCCUCGCCGUACAGAGAGUCUGGCUCGGUCAGAGAAGGCCAAAGAAGCAGGGCAAUGAACUCCGGCCUGAACCGGGACAGCCAAACGGAGGCUGAGCGGAGCGCUUCGCCGCUGCGCAGUCGCGUGACCGAUCUCCGGCCGUCGUCGAGGAGAACCAGGCGAUUGAGCAGCGGCGAUGUGGACGCGCGCAGCGGCGCAGGAUCGGGCACCGACUCGGAGUCCGACGUGCCGGCGCCGGCCACGUCUUACCGGCGGCGGGCGUCGCCGCUGAGCUCCCAGGAACUCGACGUGGCGUCGGUCCUGUCUGGACUCGAGCCGAUCAGUAUCGAGAAGUCGCCGCUGAGUGACCCAGCGUUCCAGAAGGACCUCCUGCUGGCGCUGGACAACCUCCGGAAGCUCAUCGCCGCCGUCGACCACCCGCGCAGCAUCGAAGGGCACUGGCAGGGCAUGAUGCCCCGGCUGAGCGCGUCCUGCAACGGCGACAGCGGCGGCGGCAAGCGUCCGAUCACAAGGCGCAGCUCCCGCCUCAUGCGCCGGCUGGAGUCGCAUCUCACGCGGGCAUUGCCCGCGGAGCGCCCGCGCCGGGACGCGAGCACCUCGUCGGCGUCGAGCAGUCGGCGCGGCGGCCUCAGGCCGCGGGCGCGCCACUGCCGGCCGCUGCUGGGCGGCACGCCGUUCGUGGUCUGCGACGGGUGCUCGGAGAUACUGCAGCUGCCGGCCGCGCUGCCCGCCGGCAGAGUCUCCAGGCUUAAGUGCGGUGGCUGCGGCGAAGCGUUCGAGCUGACGCUGCCGGCGGCGAGCGGCUCGACGGACCGGCCGAAUAGGAUCUUUUCCGCGCCGCAGCCUGCCGCCGGCGGCGCGGAGGACACCGAGCAUGCGCUCGCGUGGAGCAACCUGAGUGGCGAGCAGCCACGGCCGGCGGGGCCGCUUCACCGCGUGCUGGGGUACAGCUCCGUCAGCUCGGUUCUUCGGAGCCGGCGGUACGACCAGCACAACUGAGCAUUUGUCUUGUACAUUAAUUUAGGUGUAAAUCGCAACGAGUCCGAUCAAUUUUGGGGGAUUUUCGUGAAGAAAUGCGAGUUUUUUUUCCAUUCAUUGUGUAUUCUUUUAGCAAGCAUUCGUAAUGAAUUUGUAUUUGUCC